ACCUGCGCGUCUGGGAAAGGUGCCCACGCGAAGACGCAAGGGGCGGGCACUGCGGCCGUGCCGCAAUUGGUCAAGCGCGCGGAGGGAUCGCACGCCGCCUGGGUAACCUUGAGGCCGGGUCCGGGGCUCUGCACAGCGGCGACGCAUCCAGAGCUUGCGCGGUUCUGUGCUUCUUUGUGCACCGCUUCCUUAGCCGAGCGCACGAGCACCUCCAAAGCCAUGUCAAAGUCCCACAGUGAAGCGGGCACGGCCUUCAUCCAGACGCAGCAGCUGCAUGCGGCCAUGGCCGACACCUUCUUGGAGCACAUGUGCCGCCUGGACAUCGACUCGCCCCCCAUCACUGCCCGCAACACUGGCAUCAUCUGCACCAUUGGCCCGGCUUCCCGUUCCAUAGAGACUCUGAAGGAGAUGAUUAAGUCUGGGAUGAAUGUGGCCAGGCUGAACUUCUCUCAUGGAACUCACGAGUACCACGCAGAGACCAUCAAGAAUGUGCGUACAGCCACCGAGAGCUUCGCUUCUGACCCCAUUCUCUACCGGCCUGUGGCUGUGGCUUUGGACACUAAGGGACCAGAGAUCCGAACUGGACUCAUCAAGGGCAGUGGCACCGCCGAGGUGGAGCUCAAGAAGGGGGCCGCGCUCAAGAUCACACUGGACAAUGCCUACAUGGAGAAGUGUGACGAGCAUGUGCUGUGGCUGGACUACAAGAACAUCUGCAAGGUGGUGGACGUGGGCAGUAAGAUCUACGUGGACGACGGUCUCAUUUCCCUGCUGGUGAAGGAGAAAGGCCCCGACUUUCUGGUGACUGAGGUGGAAAAUGGCGGCUCCUUAGGCAGCAAGAAAGGCGUGAACCUCCCCGGGGCUGCCGUGGACCUGCCCGCUGUGUCUGAGAAGGACAUUCAGGACCUGAAGUUCGGGGUGGAGCAGGACGUGGAUAUGGUGUUUGCGUCUUUCAUCCGCAAGGCUGCCGAUGUCCACGCGGUGAGGCAGGUCCUGGGAGAGAAGGGGAAGAACAUCAAGAUCAUCAGCAAGAUCGAGAACCACGAAGGGGUCCGGAGGUUCGAUGAGAUCCUGGAGGCCAGCGAUGGCAUCAUGGUGGCCCGAGGUGACCUGGGCAUCGAGAUUCCUGCAGAGAAGGUCUUCCUGGCCCAGAAGAUGAUGAUUGGGCGCUGCAACCGCGCAGGGAAGCCCGUCAUCUGCGCCACACAGAUGCUGGAGAGCAUGAUCAAGAAGCCCCGGCCCACACGGGCUGAGGGCAGCGACGUGGCCAAUGCUGUCCUGGAUGGGGCCGACUGCAUCAUGCUGUCCGGAGAGACAGCCAAGGGCGAUUACCCGCUGGAGGCCGUGCGCAUGCAGCACCUGAUAGCUCGGGAGGCUGAGGCAGCAAUGUUCCACCGCAAGCUGUUUGAAGAACUUGUGCGAGCCUCCGGUCAUUCCCAGGAUCCCAUGGAGGCCAUGGCCAUGGGCAGCGUGCAGGCUUCUUAUAAAUGUUUAGCGGCAGCUUUGAUAGUACUCACGGAGUCCGGCAGGUCUGCCCACCAGGUGGCACGGUAUCGUCCCCGGGCCCCCAUCAUUGCUGUGACCCGCAAUCCCCAGACGGCGCGCCAGGCCCACCUGUACCGUGGCAUCUUCCCUGUGCUGUGCAAGGACGCCGUGCUGCAGGCCUGGGCUGAGGACGUGGACCUGCGUGUGAACUUGGCCAUGAAUGUCGGCAAGGCCCGAGGCUUCUUCAAGACGGGAGAUGUGGUCAUUGUGCUGACUGGGUGGCGCCCUGGCUCUGGCUUCACCAACACCAUGCGUGUUGUGCCCGUGCCAUGAAGGCCCUGGAGCCCCUCUCUGGUCCCCUUCCCUGCCCCCUUCCCCCAACCCAUCUAUUGCUUGUAGUAGCGCUCACUCUGGGCUGUAGUGCUGCACUGGUGGGCUGGGAUGCCUGGGAAGACUGCAUCUCUGUAAUUAGCACCUUCUCAGGUGCAGUGGCCCAGGGCUAGCAGCCUGGGAUAUGUCCCCACCCCAGCAAGGGACUUCUGAGAAAGGAGGCCCCAAAGCUUGUUGCAGGAAGGCAGCAACUUCACCUCCUCGUAUAUCCUGUUCAGCUCCUGUAGGAAGCGGAUGCCUAGAGAACCUGGCCGUGGCAGCCAGCAUCGGGGCUGACGACAUGGGCCAGUGGAUCAGACUCUGGUCCUGACUCCAGUUGCUCGAUGAUCAACCCCACUCCCACUGUCACCUCGGCCUCCCCACUUGACCUGUGCACAGUUCUCUGCACCUGUACUCCACACACACACUCAGCCCGCCACCUCCAGGCCUGUUGCUAUAGAGUCCACCUGUGUGUUAAUAAACAAUAGCUGAAGUCCC